CGCAGACAACGAGACAAGAGAAACUCCACAAUGUUUGAUGUAUUCGGCUCCGUUAAGGGGCUGCUGAAGAUCGACCAGGUGUGCAUCGACAACAAUGUAUUCCGGAUGCACUACAAAGCCACCGUGAUUAUACUGAUCGCCUUUUCGCUGCUGGUGACAUCCCGCCAGUAUAUCGGUGAUCCGAUCGACUGCAUCGUCGACGAGAUACCGCUGGGUGUGAUGGACACCUACUGCUGGAUCUAUUCGACAUUCACGGUGCCGGAACGCCUCACCGGUGUGACCGGCCGAGAUGUGGUCCAGCCUGGCGUUGGGUCCCAUGUGGAGGGGAAGGACGCGGUGAAGUACCACAAGUACUACCAGUGGGUGUGCUUUGUGCUCUUCUUCCAGGCGAUACUUUUCUACGUGCCGCGUUACCUCUGGAAGUCGUGGGAGGGUGGACGCCUCAAGAUGCUCGUCAUGGACCUGAACAGCCCGAUCGUGAACGAUGAGUGCAAGAACGAUCGCAAGAAGAUCCUCGUCGACUACUUCAUGGGAAAUCUGAAUCGGCACAACUUCUACGCCUUCCGCUUCUUCGUCUGCGAGGCCCUCAAUUUUGUGAAUGUGAUUGGCCAGAUCUACUUUGUGGACUUCUUCCUCGACGGAGAGUUCAGCACGUACGGCAGCGAUGUGCUCAAGUUCACCGAAAUGGAGCCCGAUGAGCGCAUCGAUCCGAUGGCGAGGGUCUUUCCAAAAGUCACCAAAUGUACGUUCCACAAAUAUGGUCCCUCCGGCGAUGUGCAGAAGUUCGACGGACUGUGCGUGCUGCCGUUGAACAUUGUCAAUGAAAAGAUCUACGUGUUCCUGUGGUUCUGGUUUAUCAUCCUCAGCAUUCUGUCGGGCAUCUCGCUUAUCUAUCGCAUCGCCGUCGUUGUCGGCCCCAAGCUCCGUCACCUGCUCCUCCGCGCCCGUUCCCGACUGGCCGAGAGCGAGGAGGUCGAGCUGGUGGCCAACAAGUGCAACAUCGGUGACUGGUUCCUGCUCUACCAGCUGGGAAAGAACAUCGAUCCACUCAUCUACAAGGAGGUGAUAUCCGAUCUCUCGCGCGAAAUGGUGGACGAUGAGCAUAGUGCUCAUAAGCGACCAUUCGAUGCCUAAAAUCUAAGCGAAGAUCAACACGAAGAUGAAGAUGUAAGACCAGGACGAGGACGAGAACGAGAAUAAGAACGGGGUGCUCAUCCAUUCAAGGAGUGGGCGUGGCAGUGUGCCAGAGUGCCAUUUCACGCAGCCGAAAUUGGGUUAAGAUGAGGACACUCCAAGUCGCUGGUUGUCAAUGUAGAUGAGGCCUUUCGAGCUAAUGACGAGCUAAUUGAACACAUAUCAACGAAUUCCAUGCUUAAAAUGGGAUAGAUGCAAAACGGGGCGUUAGCCAGAGAUGCAGUUUGGAGUGGUGGAGAACGUAUACUGCUAUAAACAAGAGAAAAUAUGAAAUAUGAAAAAUAAUAGUACACAAAUGAAUGUAACAAAUACUAGCCGAGUCCCAGGGGCUGGGGGCUACUCCCCCCCGAAGACGCACGACAAUCAGAAUUUAUUUAUGUAUGUAUGUUCCGAAAGCCCCCAUAAGCCCCCUGGGCGAAAUCCAUAAAAGACAGGACAAAAGACAUUUUCCAACUAUACUUUAUUCUACAUUGUACGAGUAUGUAUAUGUCGAGGAGCAGCUGCUAACGAAUUAAGUAAUGGGAUAGAGAUAUAAACCUAUACAUCCAGACAUAUAUAAUAUAUUUUUUAAUAAGCAAUUACACAGAUAUUUAUACAUACGAAGAGACAUACAAUAUAUAUUUACGAAUGCCACAUGCGAGUAAUAUUUAUGCUAAGAGUUGUGAUCAUUGAUUAAGACAUCUAAAACAAAAACAAAACGAAAAAAAAACCAUUUGGAUAUACGAUAUAUCCAUGAAAAAACAUAACAAUAAUUUACAAAUAGUAAAGAAACGCCAGCAUAAUGAGAACCCUAAUGAUAACACUUAUAAUAUACAAUUCACAUACACGCAUACAUAUAUUAAAUAUUCUAUUUCAAUUUUUACACAUAUAAUUUAGCAAUUUUCGCCAGCAAUUAGUAAUAGUAAUUUUUCAUAAUUUUAAUAAUAUUUUCUUUUUUUUUUUGCAUAUUUUUGGUAGCAUUUAUAUAGUUUAGCGCAAUUUUUUUACACUCACGAGAAAUCAUCCAUAAACGAGCGAAGGGCAAGGGAGAAAAAUCUAUAUAUUUAUACAAGAGAAAAAAAAAUAUAUAUUUAUACAUUAAAAACUAAAUGUAAGUUCAUGGAAAAGACAAGCAACAAAUGAAAGACUCAAAGGCAAUAUUUAGAAGACAGUUAAAAUCGAAAAGCAAUCAAAAAAUAAAUAUAUAAAAAA